CUGCAUCACAAAAGCCACAGCGCUCAUGUGCUAUGGUGCCACAGAGGGACGGCGCCCUGACACCUUUACCAGGACGCUAAGAUUGGAAGAGUCGCAUCAAAAAACAAAACAAAAAUAGGGAUUUUGCGAAAUACUGCAACAAACUUUUUGUUUUGAAUCACUGAUUUCCCACGAUUUCUUCCCUCUUACAAGACAAGGCAAUGGGUACUUUGAGCAUGGAAAACCUCUCCUCUGAACAGGUUUGUGAGCUGUAAGUUCGACAUAGAGAAGACCUUUGAUUGGCUGGGAGAUGGCAGAUAUACUUGAGCUUCGGACAGAUGGAAACUCACUCCUGAAGGCGGUAUGGCUCAGGCGCUUGAGACUAACCAGGCUCCUGUUGGAAGGAGGUGCAUACAUCAACGAGAGCAAUGAACGUGGAGAGACGCCCCUCAUGGUGGCCUGCAUGUCCACCCACAGUGACCAGCAGAGUGUGAGCAAAUCAAAGCUGCUGAAAUAUCUGCUGGACAACCAGGCAGAUCCCAACAUACAGGACAAAGCUGGCAGGACAGCUCUAAUGCACGCCUGCAUUAACAAGGCCGGGCACGAGGUGGUGGACCACCUGCUGAGCAAUGGAGCUGAUCCCAGUUUGGAGGACAGGAGCAAGGCCUCGGCACUGGUCUAUGCUAUCAACGCAGGUGACAAGGCAACACUAAGGCUGCUCUUGGAUGCAUGCAAAGCUAAAGGCAAGGAGGUCAUCAUAAUCACCACAGACAAAUCCCCGUCUGGAACUAAAACUACUAAGCAGUACUUAAACGUCCCCCCAUCACCAGAGCUGGAUGAGAGGUCCUCCCUAGAGUAUUGUACCUCUCCGUCUGACAUUAAUGUCACUGCAUCUCCCACAGCUGAGCAGGAGCAACAAAACACAGUCUUCAGUUUCCAAACCAAGUUAAAAACUUCUAGUUCUGCUUCAAAGCUAGCCAAUGGGCCAACGUCUCCAACACGCCGGACUGCAAAUCCCAAGCGUGCACGUUUGCCUCAGCUGAAGAGGCUGCAGUCAGAGCCAUGGGGGCUUAUUGCUCCCUCAGUCCUUGCUGCAGCCGCCGCCCAAGAGGAGAACAAGAAAGCCAGCACUGAUGAGGAUGUUGCUGCAGGGGUGAACGGACUGUCUCUGAGUAAGAGGUCAGCUCUAUCUCGACAAAACAGUGUGGAUGGAAAGGACAGCUUGUUUCCACUGGUGGGUGAACAACCCUGCAAAAUGACAACCUCAAUAUCAGUUCCUCCAACGUCCAAAGCAUCAUAUGAGAGAUCUGUAGGCCAGCACCAGUUGCUGGCACGGCGCAGUACUGUGCCCACAGAGGAGAGCAGCAGCUGCAGCAGUCUGAGAGAUACAAUGCAUAGAAGACAUCUGGGGAACGAUCACUAUGACUCAGACUCACAGCUCUACUCAGACUCUGCCAUGUUAGACUCUCCUAAGAUCCCAGGGGAUCGGAGGAAACUAAACACUUCUCCACUAGCGAUUCUGACCAGCUCCAGGGAAUCUCUAGAAAGUAACACCAGCCCAUCCUCCCCCAGCACAGCACGCAGGCGGGUACCUGGCCUCUUGGAGAGGAGAGGCUCAGGCACAAUGCUGCUGGACCACAUCACCCACACCAGGCCCGGACAGCUGCCCCCUCUCAACAUCAACCCCAACCCUCCCAUUCCUGACAUUGGAGUGAGUAGCAAACCCUCCUCACCUCUGGCCACAGGGAUUAGAUCUAUAGCUCCAGUAGCACCAAACACACCAAAGAGAGGUGGCCUCAAGUCCAAGAAGAAACUUGUGAGGAGGCACUCUAUGCAAGUAGAGCAGAUGAAGCAACUUUCUGAUUUUGAUGAGCAGGCUCAUUAG